AUGUCGUCUCUGCCCAAGACCUACAAGGCCGCUGUCUUCGAGAAGAACGGCGAGCCUCUCGUUCUCAAGGACAUUGAGCUCAAGCACCCCGAAGAGGGACAGAUCCUCGUCAAAGUUGAGGCCUGCGGUGUAUGCCAUUCCGACGCACUCGUCCAGGCGGAGGCAUUUGGACCGCUUCCUCGCAUCCCGGGUCACGAGAUCGUCGGAAAGGUCGUGGAAGUUGGCCCUCACGUCACAAAGUGGAAGCAGGGAGAUCGCGUCGGCGGCGCCUGGCACGGAGGACACGACGGCACCUGCCGUCAGUGCAACCAGGGCCUCUUCCAGAUGUGCGACAACGGCCAGAUCAACGGUGUCACGCGUGACGGCGGAUAUGCCGAGUACUGCCUCCUCCGCUCAGAGGCUGCUGUGCGCCUGCCGGCCGAGGGUAACGCCGUCGACAUGGCCCCGAUCAUGUGUGCCGGUGUGACCGUUCACAACGGCAUUCGCAAGAUGAACAUCACUCCUGGAGAGGUCGUGGCGAUCCAGGGCCUUGGUGGUCUGGGUCACCUUGCGGUUCAGUACGCCAGCAAGAUGGGAUACCGCACCGUCGCGCUUUCUCGCGGCACGGACAAGAAGGACUUCGCAAUGAAGCUCGGCGCCCACGAGUACAUCGACACCAGCAACGGCGACCCCGCCGAAGCUCUGCAGAAGCUGGGCGGUGCUGCCCUGAUCGUUGCAACCGCUCCGAACCCGGAACACAUCUCGCCCCUCGUCGGCGGCUGCCGCGCCCUUGGCAAGCUGCUCAUCCUCGCACCUGUGGGUGACGUGCCUGUCAACAGCAUCGCCAUGAUCACCAAGGGCAUCUCCGUGCAUGGAUGGCCCUCUGGUCACGCACUCGACAGCGAGGACGCAGUCGAGUUCGGCGAGCGCUUCGACGUCAAGUGCAUGUGCGAGACCUUCCCGCUCGCCAAGGCCAAUGAGGCUUUCGAGCACAUGAUGUCCGGCAAGGCCCGCUUCCGUGCCGUCCUGACCAUGUAA